AUGAGCAGCCAAAAAGUCAACGUCGCCGAGUACCUGUUUACUAGACUCUAUCAACUUGGAGUCAAGGACCUUCAUGGCGUGCCAGGAGACUUCAAUCUGGUCGCUCUUGAUUACGUCGAGCCUUGUGGCAUCAAUUGGGUGGGCAACUGCAAUGAGUUGAAUGCAGGAUAUGCCGCCGAUGCGUACGGUCGACUACUGGGUAUGGGUGCUCUGGUGACGACGUUCGGGCUGACACAAGAUGCAGAACUGUCGUGCCUCAAUGCUAUUGCUGGGUCAUUCGCCGAGUUCUGUCCUGUCGUGCACAUUGUCGGAACGCCCAAGAGAGCAGCUCAGAAAAGCGGCAUGCUUUUGCAUCACACACUCGGCAAUGGCGACUUCAAUGUCUUUGCCGACAUGUCGAAACCCAUCUCGAUCGCCCAGACGAACCUGAUGGACCCAGCCACAGCUCCAGCAGAGAUCGAUCGCGUACUCCAGGCCUGCUACGUUAAUAGCCGACCGGUAUACAUUCAACUGCCUGCGGACAUGGUCACUGAAGAGGUGGAUGCGAAAUUGCUGGACACACCCAUCGUCAUUGAGCCGCCACCGAGCGAUCACGAGACAGAGAAUCUCGCCGCAGAGCUCAUUUUGCGCAAGCUGUAUGCGGCCAAGAGACCCGCACUCUUGCUCGAUGCGGGUGCUCAACGUCAUCGAGUCGAAGAUUUGACUGAACAAUUCGCGCGCAAGACUGGCCUGCCCACCUUCAUCACCCCGAUGGGCAAAGGCGUCGCCAACGAAGAGUCGCCGUUGUUCGCUGGCAUCUACAUCGGCAAGGGCUCGGAAGACGACGUUCGCACCAUGAUCGAGGACAGCGACUUGGUCAUCACCAUCGGCAAUGUCAAGUCGGAUGUCAACAGUUUCGGUUUUUCCUAUCGCAUCAGUCGUCUUUCGUCAGUCGACCUCCACUUUGACCACGUCGUCAUGGACUGUGCUAAGUUUGAGAACGUUUAUAUGAAGUGGUUGCUAGAACGCCUGGUCAAGGAAGUGGAUCCGUCUAAGAUGACCAUGGACAAAGUCGAGACACCUCUCCGCAAGACUUCCCAGCUCACAAAUGGUUAUGCGACGACUCAAGACGUCACUCACGACUGGUUGUGGCCGCGCAUGUCGUCCUGGUUGAGAUCUGGAGACGUCGUCGUCACUGAGACGGGAACGUCUUUUGUCGGUAUCUGGGAAACAAGGUUCCCAACAGGUGUGCAAGCCAUCAACCAGACCCUGUGGUCGUCGAUAGGCUAUGGUGUCGGCGCAGCCCAGGGUGCGGCUUUGGCUAUGAAGACAUCGGGUGGCUUACGCAGGACUGUCUGUUUCGAGGGCGAUGGUUCAUUCCAGCUUACAGCUCAAGAACUUUCUACCAUCAUCAGACAAGACUUGGACUGUAUCAUCUUUCUCAUCGAGAAUGACGGAUACGAGAUCGAGCGCUGGGUACACGGUAUGAAAGCCAAGUACAACGACAUCAGCAAAUGGCGAUACAACAAGAUCGCAGAAGUGUUCACGCCAGAGGAAGAGGCCUCCCGACAUCGUGUCAGGUCGUACAAAGUCAGCACCCGGUCCGAGCUCGAAGAUUUGCUGGCAGAUGAAAACUUUUCUGCAGGCAAGGGUUUGCACUUCGUCGAGCUGCACAUGCCAAAGUACAAUGCACCACAGACGUUGAUUGACUUUGCUCAAAGCCUCUCGAAGAAGUCAGAGUAA